UGCAUUCCAAUGCCUUGUUUAGUGGAGCGCAUUGGGUUAUUAGUCCUCUAUGGUUAGUCUAUAUAUGACAUAUCUGACAUUGUAGUACUAAGAGAGGUCAAGUUGCAACUGCUAAAUGUUGAGCGGACACAGCAGAUAACUGAAACUUCUGUUUUGUUUGUGAGAGCUACGAUGGCCACAGGAGGGAUAGCACAGAGUAUGUCUGUUAGUGACCGUCGAAGAUUGUUUGAGCUGAAUUCUGGAAAGACAGGAAGUUCUAACGCUAUUCACGACUCACUCAGGAAGACCAAGCCCACUUUAACCAAAAGAGUGUCAUCACCAAACAUUACAGUGAGAGCCACCACCACCACCAGUACUAGUGAGCCUACUGAUACACGCCCUGCCAAGAAGAGCUCUAUAUUUUCAAGAAAGAACAGUGCUAGCAACUCUGCUAGUAAGAAAGUGAAUAGGGCAUCCUCUGAUGCUGAUGUGUUAGAAUCUAAGCGAAGUAAGUAUCAAAGUUCAAAGAUGGGUGAUAGCCCUAAGCACAGUAAGAGCAAUGAGACGUCUCCCACACACUCUGAAAGUAAAAGUUCAUCUAAGAAGAGGAGAGAGGCUCCUAGACCACCCAGCCAAGUUGUCAGUCCACAGGAGAGCCCUAAACACAGACCACAGGAGAGUCCUAAACACAGGCCACCGGACAGUCCCAUUGGCCACAAGGAGCUCAAACAAGAUGGGGCCAGCUCCAGUGGAAAGUCCAAAGCAGAGAGACCUCCCAGGCCACCGUCCCCUAAGAGAGUGGUGCGAGAUAAGGACCUGGAAAUAACAUUGUCAGAUGGUACCCAGAUGGGAGGAGAUGUCCUGAAGAAAGUGUUGAGUAAACAGCUGGCCUAUCUGGCCGGUGGUCUGGAGGAGGACAAGCACCCGAUCCUCACUAUACCCGACGUGGGACUGCGACUACUUGACGCCAAAGAGGCUCAAGCCGACCUCACCACCACCAUACUCUAUAUCAAGACACUUCUCAGUGCUGACCAGCUCUCGUGUGGCGUGACCUUGCUAUUGGACUCUAGGAGCUCAAAGACACAUUCAGCUACCAAAAUCAUUCUGGAGAAGAUAUCAGUCAACAAGUUCCCCGUGAGUGUCCACAUGGUGUACGUCUACAUCAAGACAGGACUGUUCAGUCGUUCUAAAAACCUCGCCAGUCCAGACGUCAUUGCUAAACUACAUAUGGCGUACCUGCCUGACCAAAAGUCCUUGUUGGAUCAGUUUGAGCCUAGUAAUGUUCCCGAUGAGUUGGGUGGCUCCCUCAAGUACGACCACAAGAGCUGGGUCUACAACAGACUAGAAUUUGAGAAGAUGCAGCACCUAUAUCAGCGAGCCAAGACACGGUUCCCCGACGUGAGAGAUGCUCUGGACCUCGUCAAGGUGCCCACCUGUGUCAAAGAGGCGGAGCAUAUCAUGACAGAGGAUCUUAAACUGAAGGAGGGGCUUGUCAAUCGUCUGGCCGAAGCAGAGCUAUCAAUUGACAACUUCUUGGACGUGCUCAAACACCAGGUUGAUCAAGGCUCUCUUGAGAUCUCACUGGGGACUAAGGAUUACAUCACAAUGAUGUCAGCACUCAACGGAAUGCUAGAGGAUAUUAGAAACACUAUGAGUCAGUUUGACAAGUUCUGGGGUGUGCACAAAGCCCGGGUGGAUCACAUGAUGCGCAUGUGCCACUUUAAUAGGAGUGCUGACAAGUCCAAACACUUGAUGCAAGGACACAUUGACGACCUCAAGAGUGGUGGACUUUUACUAGGAGACACUCUCGAGAGCUCGCUGGAGCUGGGAGAGAAACACGAAGCAUUUGUCUCAAAAUGCAAAAGUACAAUGGAUGAACACAUGGACCGUAUCCGUGCCGACGCUAACAUUCUCAUUAACCCGACCUUUGAACCCAAGGAGACUGACGACACAAUGCAUUCGGCUACUAAGGAAGCCAUCACAUUAGUUCAGAACCAACUCGACAACCUCACCACCACCUACCAGGAGCUCAUGACUCUAUGUCAACAAAAGAGAGACUUAUUCAUUGUCUGCGUCAAAUUCCACAUGACCACAAGACAAUGUCAGCAGUGGACACAGGAUGCACUGGAGUUUAUGGCAUCUCAGCCGCUGGAGGAACCGUCAAGCAAGAUAGCCACAGAUCUGGUGCGUCAGAUAGACGGGACACUCAACAGAGUCAACCCCAAUCAGUUAACUGCUAUGAUAGACCUGGCAGCUGCAUUACCACCGGAGAAACAGUACAGCAAGAAUGCACACAAGACAUCACAGAAGUUUGAGCAAGCAAGAGAACUGCUCAACAAUCGCAAGGGUUCCCUACAGAAGAUCUUAUCAAUUGCUGCUGUGCAAAGUAACUCUACCUCCAACAAAGCAAAAUCAUUCAAGAAAAACAAAAUUACUCAUAGUGAAAUAGAGAUCGUAAAUGGAAACAACUCGGAGCCCCUUUCCAUAACGUCCCCUGCGGCCCUGGACAACCCCGAGGCCAGUCUAUAUCUGGCCAAGACGAUGGCCAGUGUGACAGAGGAGUACACAGACGGUGAGAGCAGUGAGGCAGUGAUCAAGAGUAGGAACAACGUGUACCGGGAGUUGGUGGAGACAGAGAAGGUGUAUAUCAAGGACAUGCAGACGGUCAUGGACGCUUACUAUGAUGCUAUGGACCCUGAGAGUGUGAGCAUCCCACUGAGAUUGCGGGGGAAGAGAGACGCUGUCUUUGGUAAUAUCCUCGACAUCUACAAGUUCCAUGACAGUGUGUUCAGCAAGGCUUUGGAUCGCUAUGCCGACCAGCCAGAGAGAAUGGGAGAGUGCUUCAUUCAGUUUACCCAAGAGUUCCAGAUGUACUCAGACUACUGCAAGAAUCGCUCCAACUCUGAGACACUGGUUAACGAGGGGGCGGAGUGUCAGGCAUUCUUCAAGGGCAUACAGCGCAACCUUGCUCACGCUCUAGACCUCAACGCAUAUCUCCUCAGGCCGGUCCAGAGGAUCACCAAAUAUCAGCUACUGCUCAAAGACAUGAUGAAGCAUUCCAGCAAUGCCCCCAAGGCGUACUCUGACCUCCAGAUGGCUCUGGACAGAAUGCUCAAGGUCCUCAAGAAUCUCAACGACUCUCUACAUGUUGUCGGACUCAAAGGGUUUCCAGGUGCUCUUGCUGAACAAGGAAGAUUACUAGUUCAUGAUGCGUUCAACGUGUGGGACAGUGGUGCCAGUGUCAGUCGCUCCCUUUUCUCCCGCGGCCAUGAGAGACACGUCUUCCUCUUUGAGAAGGUCAUCAUCUUUAGCAAAAAGAUUGAAGCCUCUGAAGAGAAGAAGAGAGUCAGGAAAUCGGACGCCUACCUCUACAAAGGUCACCUUGAGCUGACGGACAUUGCACUGAAAGAUUCCAUCGACACUCAGCCUCUUCAGUUUAUCUUAACGGUACAUGGACAACAGAAAAUAUACAAAUUUCUGGCCCAGACGAAGGUGAUACACACCAUGUGGACGAAUGAGAUACGAAGAUUGCUACAAGUCCAGUUCACACUCAUGAAAGAUAAGGUGAUCAAGUCUGGGACUCUAGACAGAAAGAGUUACAAGGGGAAGACUAAGCUUUCAACACAUCAAAGAGACAGUCGGUUGUUUGCUUCCAUCAAGGAAGAGUCCCCCAAGAAAUCAAUAUCUAACAGGUUCAACCUGUUCAAGCGAAACAAGAAGGGUGACCAGAAGAAGCCCCUUAAGUCCUCCACCAGUCUCUCAGGAAACCCAGAAUCAUCCCUCGUGGCUAGCUGCAGUGUCCCUCCCAGUCUCAAAUACUCCAUCGGUGGCAAGUCUAGUCGCAGAGCAUCAAAUGAGCAGGCCUCACUGUCCAAGUCCAGCAUUGAGAGUGCCAGGAGCACCAACGACUACUGCAAGAAUCGCUCCAACUCUGAGACACUGGUUAACGAGGGGGCAGAGUGUCAGGCAUUCUUCAAGGGCAUACAGCGCAAUCUUGCUCACGCUCUAGACCUCAAUGCAUAUCUCCUCAGGCCAUCAAAGGAUCACCAAAUAUCAGCUACUGCUCAAAGACAUGAUGAGCAAUGCCCCCAAGGCGUACUCUGACCUCCAGAUGGCUCUGGACAGAAUGCUCAAGGUUCUCAAGAAUCUCAACGACUCUCUACACGUUGUCGGACUCAAAGGGUUUCCAGUAAGUUAAUCAACGGAAUAAAACAUUUUGCACAAAAGGAGUCUAAAGUUCUACAACAACUCUCAACAUGUUGUGGCAUUCAGAAAGGUUGCACAAUAAUAGGUUACACAAUAGGAGGAGUAAAAGAAGGGAUUGCUGUGACUUUCAGAGCAACCCCAACACCGAGUGCGUAGAGUGCAUUUGGUGUUGUAAGUCUAAACGAUUCGUAGCCAUUGAUUUUGAACUUGUCGGGGCUUGAAAUUCCUGCAAAAUCGAGAUCUACAAAAAAACGAUCAUUCCAUUGUGGCCCGUACUCUCUGUCUUGAUCAGUAGUAAACCCUCUCCACAUUUUUCCUUGUGUAACUGUUCGAAUAGCAGCCAAUUUCUCUCCAAUAGGAUCGCCUACAGCAGGUUCAAUCACAUGCCAUAUUUUACCCUGAUCAGACCAUGUUCUCAAGUAUACUCCAGUAAAUUCCUGAUCUUUCAGUGUUUUGUACUGUUUACGUAUCUUCUUAAAUUCUUUCUUUAAUUCAGCUUCCCUUUCCACUUUAGCUUGCUUUUCCAUUUCAGCUGCUAUCAAGCUAUUUAGUGACCAAAGGUAUGGCUUCUAUAGCUUUAAAGUUGUUGCAUGUACCUGUAAAUUUGUUCUAGAAGGU